AUGAAGAGAACCAGAAACCAGCUGGGGCAACUGCCUAAAGAUUUCAGGCAGCGACAUAUUGACAGCUUCAACAAAGGCUGCGAAGCCAUUCUGGACGUCGACUCCACCCUAUAUGAUACUAUCAUCACCAAAGAUUUCUCGCUAUUUCUACAGAAGGAGCAGCCAGAAAUGACAUUGAAUCAUCAUUUCAUGAAGCUCGCAAGUAGUAUCUUGGCUCAACAAAUAAGUGGGGCAGCAGCUAACAGCAUCAAACAAAAAGUUGUGAAUCGAUUUGGCGAAUUUCCCAGCUUCAAUGAAAUGGCAGGGCUGUUCAAGCAAGGCAAGUCGCAGGAACUUCGAGAGUGUGGUCUUUCGGCGCGUAAAGUACUGUAUUUGGAAUCUCUGGCGAACUACUUCAACGAUAAUGAAGAAGAUGUCAAAAUACUGCUGACCAAAGAUAACGAUACAAUUGCAUCUGAACUUGUGUCCAAUAUCAAGGGAAUCGGCCCGUGGAGCGCUAAAAUGUUUCUUGUAACAAGCAUGGAACGUAUGGACAUUUUUGCCGCAGACGAUCUGGGCGUUGCUCGCGGGUGCUCGAAGUAUCUCGACUCACAUCCGGAAAUACUGAAAGAUCUUAUGAGCAAGCGAGGCCCGAUAAUCAAGCGCAGUAAGAUCAAACACGUAAAGAAGAAUUGGAAAAUAUACGACGAAGACAUUGUCGAACAGUGCGGAGAGCUCUUCGCUCCUUACCGAACAAUCUUCAUGUUUUUGAUGUGGAGGCUGUCGCAAACCAAUGUCGAGGUAAUGGCCAAACGAGAAAAUGAUUUUUCUGGCGACAAGAAAUCAUAA